AUGACUGCGUGCAUGGCAAAGGCUUUCACAAAAGCAUGGGGAGCUCUGUGUGGAGCGAGUGGAGGCACGCCAACACUUGUAAUACCACCUGGCCGUGCAUUUUCAUUGAAACCUGUAAAAUUUGAAGGUCCUUGCAAGUCCAACAGUAUUCACAUUCAGGUAGCAGGGAACAUUGUAGCUCCGAGCACCGUUGCCGCAUGGGGUGGCUGUGGAAUUCCGUUCUGGCUAUGUUUCUCUAACGUAGACGGCCUGGUCCUGGAUGGAUCAGGCCAUAUUGAUGGUCGGGGCUCACAGUGGUGGAAUCAUGGACAGCAGUGCAAGGCACCAGAAAAGGCUCUGCUCUUCGACAACAACAAUAACCUUAGCUUACGUGGACUUAAUGUUGUCGACAGUCCGAGGAGCCACGUCAACUUGAACGAUUGCAAUGGUGUCUCUAUCUCUGGCCUUAAAAUCACUGCACCUGGAAACAGUCCUAACACUGAUGGGAUCAAUGUGUCUGGUUCAAGCCAUGUCAGCAUAGUACAGUCUACCAUAGGAACAGGUGAUGAUUGUAUUGCUAUAAAGGGGGGCUGCUCCAACAUCAAUAUUACUGGCAUCAGCUGUGGACCAGGUCAUGGAAUUAGCAUAGGAAGUCUAGGAGAGAAUGGAGCUACCGAACAGGUGGAGGAAGUCCAUGUGCGAAAUUGUAACUUCACCGGAACUGAGCAUGGAGCAAGAAUCAAGACAGUCCCGGGGGGAUCAGGGUAUGUUAGGAGGAUCACAUUCGAGCAAAUAUCGCUUAAUGCAGCUGGAAGCCCUAUUAUAAUUGACCAGCACUACUGCGAUGGGAAGGAAGAGGGCUGCCCCGACCAGCCAAAGGCAGUAGCUGUGAGCGACGUGACAUUCACCGGUGUCCGAGGAACAUCUUCCGAUGAGCAAGUAAUCACGUUGGAUUGUGCAGCAAUAGGUUGCAAUGACAUUAGAAUGGUUCAAGUCGCUAUCACAUCAUCAGUUGCUGGGAAGCGAGGAACAUCAUUUUGCAGCCAUGCUCAUGGAACAUCCUUCUCUACAGUACCCGCGGUUCCAUGCCUCUCAGGGAGAGCAUUGGCUACGAAGUUCUCGACAGAUUGAUAAUUGAUUAUUAUUUGGCGCUUAGCUGAACAAAUGAUUAAUUUCUUUACAAUUCUCAUCGCACGAUGAACUAUUGAAUAAAUCCCCGCUUACUUUUUACAUGCUUCUAUGUCAUGAUCAAAUCAACAGAAAGAAGAAAAA